UACCAGAGGGCAGCAUCAGUAUGCAAGAUACACACACUGAAUGCACACAUAUACAGAAAGAAAAAUGAGCAGAAAGUGAAGUAACAAGAGACGACAUAUCUUUUGUUGUUAUUUAAACGCAGAUAGAAGAAAAAAAAACAAAGUAAACUGAAGGAAUUGCGAUUGAUUUGGUGCACAAAAAGGCGAAGAGUCGAUUAGAAAAAGGAAGCAAGUGUAGUAGUGCGGCUCGACACCAUAUAAGUACGUAUGGUGCGUUCUGAGAAAACCCAAACGCAAAAUAAUAAUGGUAAAAAACCAGGAAAAUCAUCGGAUUGUGAGAAUGAAUACAUGACAACAUCUGAAUCCGACUCACCGACCACUGAGACUCGCGACUCAGUUCACAAACAAAAUUUAUAUAUCGUUUCGUUUCCAAUUAUAAUUUUAUUUAACAUUUUACGUUCGAUUUUAUACCAAUUUUUUAUCAUUUUUAAAUAUAUUUUUAAUGUUAGUUCACAUUAUAUGCCGCUACGAAAACGGCAACCACCAAAUAUACAAGUUUGUGUGAAUGAUAGUGAAAAAAUGCAAGAAUUAAAUAAUCAAGUAACUGGUGAAAGUGGUAGUAUGGCUGCACGACCUCAUCCAAUUUCUGGCCCCGGUCCGGGCGAUCCAUUGCUCGCUAAACAAAAGCAUCAUCAUCGCCGUGCAUUUGAAUACAUUUCCAAAGCGCUCAAAAUUGACGAAGAAAAUGAAGGACAAAAGGAAGUCGCUAUCGAAUUGUAUAGAAAAGGAAUUCGCGAAUUGGAAUUGGGCAUUGCGGUUGAUUGUUGGGGCGGCCGAGGUGAAAUUUAUGAACGGGCACAACGUUUACACGAAAAAAUGCAAACCAAUUUAUCAAUGGCUCGAGAUAGAUUGCACUUUUUAGCAUCAGGACAAAAGCUCAUCGUUGUAAACAAAAGAGGCAGCGGCUUAACCAACAAGUCACAAACACUACCACGGAGCAUGGGCUCUCGUGUGCCAGCUCUUAGUGAUGGAAGACCCCAACGGCUACCAACUAAACCAGCAACAACACCGCCAGUCAUUCGUAGACAAUUUUCGAUCACUGGUUCACCAAUACAUAAGCCAACAACAGGCCGUAGUACACCACCGUUACGUUCGCGAUCUGGAACGGUUACACCAACAUCCAACAACGCUGCCGUCGGACUCGCGCCGCAAAUCAUACAAGUCAAAGGAGUCGACAACAAACUGGUUCAAAUAAUUAUGGAUGAAAUCGUGGAGGGUGGUGCUAAAGUGAGGUGGAAUGACAUCGCUGGUCAAGAGAUUGCAAAACAAGCUCUCCAAGAGAUGGUUAUACUGCCCAGCGUUCGACCGGAGUUAUUCACGGGGCUCCGUUCACCAGCCAAAGGUUUACUUUUGUUUGGUCCAGCAGGUAAUGGGAAAACCCUGUUGGCCCGUGCAAUAGCCACUGAGUGUUCAGCGACAUUUUUCAAUAUAUCAGCUGCAUCGUUAACGAGUAAAUACGUUGGCGAUGGUGAAAAAUUGGUGCGCGCCCUGUUUUCAGUUGCUAGGAAAUUGCAGCCAUCAAUAAUAUUCAUUGAUGAAAUCGAUUCGUUGUUGUCAGAACGAAAUUCCAGUGAGCACGAGGCAUCGCGUCGCUUAAAAACCGAAUUUCUGGUAGAAUUCGAUGGUUUGGGUAGUCAGGAGAACGAUCGAAUUGUGGUGCUUGGAGCAACAAAUAGGCCACAAGAGCUGGAUGAGGCAGCUUUGCGUCGCUUCACUAAACGAGUCUAUGUGACAUUGCCCGAUCAGUCGACUCGUGAGCAUUUGAUUCGAAGCCUUUUGGCUAAGCAAGGAUGUCAACUACCUGACGAUAUUAUACGUAAUUUAGCCGUUUACACCGAAGGUUAUUCCGGUUCUGAUCUCACAGCACUAGCAAAAGAUGCCGCAUUAGAACCCAUUCGAGAAAUCGAUGUGGAACAGGUGAAGAACGUAAAUCUCAAGGAAAUACGGCCGAUAACUGAACAAGAUUUUGUCAACUCCCUGAAGAGAAUACGACGCUCUGUCGCACCACAAAGUAUUGUCGCCUACGAAAAAUGGGCAAAAGAUUAUGGUGAUGUAACUUACUAGACUUCAUUUUAACAUGCUAACUCAUACAUAUUACAAUUGCUGGACAUGAGAUUUGGUUCUUUGAUUUUUGGGAUUCAUAAAACAAAGGCAAACAAAAACAAAAACAAAUACAAAGGAAAACCUAAUGAAAAAAAAGACAAAAAUAUCUAUAAAAUGCCGCUUCAACCGCUACCAAUAAUAUAUUAAAUACAUAUGUAUGUAUGUUUUGAAAUUAGCUAAUCUACAAAUUGAAGGACAACAAAGAAACAAACAAAAGAAAGAAAAGUAAACUACUUUGAAUUUGCUGUACUUUGUAAGGCACAAAAUAUAUUUAUUUAAUAAUACUAAAAAUGAUUCCAUUUUUCAUUGUAAAAAUUGUAAAAUUAAAAAAGAAAAAAAAAUGAAAAAAUAUAUUUCAUGUAUUUGAA